AGUUGAUACAUCCUGCAGCUUUCCCAUCCUGUGGCAGAACGAAUGGAUUUUCAAUUGCCACCAUGGUGGAAAGUCGCUGCCUUCACGGUCAACCUCCUUUGUGGGCUGAUCAUGUCGCAGGUAUUGGGCGCUUGUUUGGACAAACCUGUCUACAAGGCCAUAGCUGAGGUGGUUCAUAUUUUCACCAUGUGGGCUCUUUCCUUUAUCAUGGUGAAUGUCGGUUACGAGUUCACGAUUGACAAGAAGAAUUUGCCGCAAUACGUGUGGGAUUAUCUAAUUGCUAUGACUGCAGCAGGCUUCCCAUGGCUUUUCGUGGCACUGUGGUUCAUGCUCUUUAUCGACGGGCUUGCUGCCGAUCAGGCCUUCCUGGUGGCCCGCUUCGCUGCUCCGACGAGUGCUGGGAUCUUGUUCAGCAUGCUCGAGGGAGCUGGCCUGCGGGACACAUGGGUCUUCAGCAAGGCUCGAAUUCUUGCCAUCUUCGACGACUUGGACACGAUCAUUCUUAUGAUACCGUUGAAGAUCGUCAUGAUCGGUUUCAAGUGGGAGCUACUGGUGGUGAUAGGCAUAAUGAUGUGGCGGCCGCGCCGGGAGAUGCUCCUAGCCGUUCCGUGGCGGCAGAGCUCCCGCGACACGGUGCCAUCCGCCGGCCCGCGGUGAAAAAGCGCGAAGCGGACGCCCCGCCCGGCCACGUCGCGCACGUCAGGGUGCUGCGCGACGAGGGCGAGCACCGGGCUGCGUGGUGCAACGCGGGGCUACUGCCGGCGUUCGAGGGCACAGUCAGCGCGCAGCAGUUCCGGCGGCUGGCGGCGCAGAACGGCGUCGCGCAAUACGGCGCCAAAGCGGCGUCGCAGGCCAGAGCGCUGGCCGCGGGGAUGAAAGCCCCAAGCAUGUUCGGGGCCACCCUCGACGCGCGCCUCGGCCUGGGCGAUUCCGACCGCGGCCGCGAGGACGGUCAGCGCGGCGUUCUCGCUGUCGGCGGCGGCGGCGAGCACAGCGGCGGCGGCGGGGGCGGCGGCGGCGCGCGCGUCGCCGCGAACGAUCACCACGACGUUCUCGUUGUCGGCGGCGGCGGCGGAGGCGCUGAUCCUGAUCCCGGAGACGCCCCUGGAGAUUCGGACCAGUCGAAAUCGGAGUCGCAGCUCGGCGAUCUGGCGCCCUUCGGCCAUGGGUGGGCAGACGAGCGCGGCUGCCCAGACAACCUUCUUCCAUGGCUCCACCCGCCUAUGCUGGCGAGGGUGGGGGAAUUGUGGUCUCCUCGCCAGCGCAGCCACCCGCGGUUCGAGAUGCCGCUCGCACCGCUUGGCGGCUACGUCGGGGCCCGCCCCCGCGCGAGCCAUCGCCUCCGCAAGUGCAAGAGCGUGACGUUCUGCUGCGCGCGCGGGUGCCCAUUGGAGCUUCGGGCGCCCGAGCUGCUCGGCAAGGCCGGCUGGGAGGGCGAGGUCACGGGGCCCCACUCGGCGGCGCGCCAGAGGUGCUCGGUCGCGAUGCGGCGCAGCCGCACCGCCUCCGAGAGGGCAUCGGCGCACCAGGCCCAGCGCGAGGAGUGGUCUGCUGACGCGAGGCGGGUCAAUGAAGAAAGAGACCUGCGACCGAGCGGCGCAAGCACGGGGGCGUCGCAGCCACUCGCGGCUCUCAACUUCGGCCUGCUCUUGGAGAGCGACGCGGAGGUGGAGUCGCUGUUGGAGUUGGGACCUUUGUUGGACACGUCCGACCUGGAGCUGCAGGGUGAGGCGGUCGGCGGCGCAUGGGGCAACCUGCGCAACGUGCGAGAUCAGGCCAAACGCGCGCGCAGCCAGGCCAGCAAGAAGCGCAAGCAGAACGAGGAGAAGACGUGCCACGUGGCGGGGAACUUUGGCGGGGCAGUUGCGGCGGCGCGGAGACAUCUGAGGUCGACCUCGCUCGGGCCCCUCGCAAUGCGCCAGAGUCAGGAGUUGUUCAGCGGCGAUGGCGAGCUUGGCGGGGCGCCCGCGGUCAGCGCACCGGGCACAAGCGCGUUGCACGGCGGCCCCCUGGCGCGGCAGCCCCUGCUCCGUCGCCCGCAGACGUCGGGGGCAACCGUCAAAUUGCCCGAGGCGGCGGCGCGCUUGCCAGGGGCACUCCAAGACGUGAUGCCGACGGCGGCGGUGGAGUUUAAGGGCGCGCAGGGGGAGCCAGCGGAGUCACGGGUCGGCGACGCGGCGGGGAACGAUGGCGGCGUGCCCCCAGAUGCACGCGAGCGCGCCAGCCAAGCGUCGGCGCGUGCGCUGGCGAGCUGUUCGGCGAGCUGCGACAUCGACGCCAUGAUGGAGAUCGAGAGGAGACUCUCCAACGAUCAGGGCGCCCACCAGCAGAUCGGCCCGUCCGACAAUGCGAGCCCAGUUCGAGGCACGCGGCAGGCCAGUGGGCGCGGGGGAGACAACCUCGGCCGCCGACUGUCGAAGGACGUCUGGGGCGAUUUGACGCGAGCGGGAGGCCGGUUCCUGGGAUCGGGCAAUUCGGGGGCGUUCAGCAUGGCGGCGCGGCACAUGGAGAUGUUCUGCGACGAGACCGCCCAAGCCCGAGGCGCAGCUGGCCGCCAUAUGGUGGAGCACCACGCGCCCGAGGAGAGAGCCAAGUUUUUAGGCAUCCCCGACAUCUGGAGAAAGGCCAAUGGCAUGGUCGAUCACAAGGCCCAGACUGCUGCAAGUAAAUUCCAAGUUUCUGACGCGGAGGUUGACCAGAUACGCGAGGUGGAGCUCCCCGCAAGCAGGGGGAAGACCACGUCGGGCGUCGCGGGGGACCCGGACGCUAUUCUGCACGGGGGCCUCUUGAGAGCGGGCGCAGGGGCUCCGAGGCAGGACUCCGCGGAGCCCUCGCCCACGGCGGAGGCAACAUUUUACACGCCUGGAACCCAAGCGGUUCUGCGAAUUCUCUUGGCCUUCGCGUGGUGCUACCUCCACCGCCUCAAGCUGCCUCACAGCUCGGGCUGGUCGCUCGUCUACGCGGCAGUGGUCACUGCUUUCUGCUACGGGCUCUACAAGGUAACGAAGUACCAUUUGCCCAUGGAGGCCCUGCACAUCGAGGUCCUUCUCCCGGCAUUCGUGGUCGGCUGCAUGAUCGACACGCCUUGCGCCAGGCACGAGCUCCAGCUCCAGAGGCAGGCAACCAUGAGCCGCCUGGAAACCAAGCGGCAAAAGAGUGCUCUAUCCGACAAGAUGCGCCUUGCGGGUAUUUGCGCUAGUGAAAACAAUGUGAAUGCGGCAGUCCCUCAGCGCAUCGCAGCCGGAGUCGAACUCCCUCAGCGCAUCGUAUCCGGAGGUUCCAGGCUUUCGAGGCAUGGCGUUGACGUGGACAAGAUGCAUCCACACGAUAGUGCUUGGGAGCACAACGUCCAGACAAGCAUCUCGAUGGUUUUCAUGGUUCUCGUUGGGCUGUCGAUGCCGCCGCUCUUGGGGAAAAAUGCUAAGGGCGAUUCAAGCAUGAGCGCAGGUUUGAUUGCAGCACAUGUGUUCGUGGUCUCCCUGCUCAUGGUUAUCGGAAAGAUGUUCCCAAUAGUGUGCUACCGCGACGAAGCCUCGUGGCAGGAGCGACUCGCGCUCUGCAUGGGCAUGUGCCCGCGAGGGGAGGUGGGAGCAAGCAUCAUUGUGAUAUCGCUCGAGCUCGGCGUGGAAGGCCCAGCGGUCAUCAUAUCGAUGUGCGCACUCGUGAUCAACUUGGUUCUCUCGGGAGGCUUCAUCGGCUCAGUCAAACUUCUGCUCAAGCAUGCUACCACACAGGCAGGCCAGAAGAGCGAAGAUUCGGCAGCCUCGACGAUGGUGACCUUGUUCGAGCCCUGUGAGGAGUCUCCAAUGAGCAAGCUGUCCGACGUGAAGCUCCAGGACGUCUGA